GACACGGUCGUCACCAUCACGAUGGCGAUGGCUUCUCUUCUCCGUCUUCUUGUGGGUGCUGUUUUUGGUGGCAAUGGAAGCGCGACCAAGCCAGUUUCUCGCUCCGCUUGGGCCUCGCAUUUUCGGUUCAGCUGCGGGCUAGUUCGGAGGUGUUUUCAGACAGCUAAGGGAUUCUUUUAUAGAAACUUAUCAACUUAUUGCCCAAUCUAAGGAACAUAAAACCAGCGUAUAUACCUCACCGGAAAAUUUGAGGUUUUAUACUACAGUGACGGAAUAAGCCUUUAAGAUUUCUUGAAGAAUUCAAAUACUAAAGAUUAUCAUUACUACUGAUAUCUUUCCGAAGGAUCGGUAUUGAAAUAACAGAAUUGCAUACUAUCCUAGAAAUCUUUCGAAAGUUUUGUUAAGGAUUCUUACUGAGGACGUUUAACCGUUUUAUGAUACAUUGAAAGUGAAGCUGUGAGAUUGCUUAAAAUACUCCGAGGAACAGAUCCUAAGGACAACCUCUAUAUUUUGAUUAGAACAGCACCCCGCUCCAUGUUUCUUACACCGCCAUGUCAGGAUACGUGAGCCGGCACUUAAAUUGGCUGCACUUUUUGCUCACUAUGUGGGCUCUGCUGCAGAUGACUCUCUGUCAGCCGUAUCAGUUGCCCCACCGCUGCUCAAACCGGCUAGAGAACGCAUUGGAGCACAUGCGACGCCGCAGUGUGCAGACCAAGACCUCUUCCACCUCAAGAGCCAUGUGGGAGCCACCACCGCAGAGUCCCUACCAGUUGUAUCACAGUUUCUAUGGACAGCACAGCGAUCCGGAGGAUGAUUUCUAUAAUGUGGGUGGUAGUGCCUACAACACGGGUCGUGGCUAUCAUGCCAAGCUGCUUCAUAGGAAUGGCCAAGCUUACCCAUUUUCCGAUUCUAGUAGCGCACUGGAGCUGGAGGAUUUGCUGUCGGUGAACCAACAGAAGCAGCAGCAUAGACAGCCACACAAACUGGCUAUUUCCCGGGUGGAUGUGGAGGAUCUGAAGGUGAGAGUGCCGCCGGCAAAAUCUGCCAGUCGUUGGGUGGAGAUCGACAAGUGUAAGUUCAGUACGGAGAACUCUACUCUGGACACUCGCCUGAUUUUUCCGGAUCUUACACUAAGUGGGAAGGUCGUAAUGCAACCGAUGGGCGGAAAGUGUCACAUGAUUUUGAGACUACGACAUGCGGGCAUCGAGUUCCGAACCGUUCCACUGGGCUAUGAUUCUGGACCGGGGCAAUCCUCCAACUACGAGCAAUCCAGGAGAUUGGGAGCAGCCUCGGUGCGAACGGAUUCCCAUUUUGCAGAGCCCGGGUUUAUAUCUGUGUUUGCCCAUGGAUGCCAGGGACCCAGUGGCAUUCGCCUGCGCCAAAACUCUAAACGGAGAUUCGGAAGUGCUCCGGAUGUAGAACUCGGUGAACCGCAUGUGAUAAUGGGCAGCAGUAGACCGCAAAGAUGGGGCAAAUACCAUCAUCAGGAACCUCAACAGCCAGCGGGAUAUGAUAUCCGGCGGGGCCAGAAUGCCCAGCGUGAUCACAGUCUGGAGCUGGGCAGCGAUAGCCAAGCCCAGGAUUCGGGUGAGUUCAUCGAUGUGAAUGGCGACAACUUCUACCGGCGGCAAUUCAGCAAAAAGAGGAGACGCCGGCGGCGUUUUGCCAAGGAUAACUUUGAGGACCAGAUGAACUUCAGCGAGGAUGUCCUUCACUUCGAGGACGACCAGCUGCAGCAGCUGGUGGAGCCGGAUGCCCGGGCCUUUGCGGAUAUUUUUAGCGGGAGUGGCUCAAGUCUCAGUGGAGACCGGGAGGAGCUCGUGGGCGAGGCCAUGUCCCAUGAGCUGGAGAAGCUCUUCUCCAUGGGCGUCCGUGGUCUUCUAACCACCUACAUGCAGCGAGCCCUUCAGCCAGCCAUCAAGGAGACCCUGAUGGAGAACAUGGGCUAUACCCUAAGCUAUGGCUAGUACCACUCCACUGCGUGGACUCCUAGUUUAAGCCUCCUAUUUAUGUCUG